CUUAUCAACAAAUUAGAAUUUUCGAAUCUGUUUUUAUUAAUUUAAUAGAACGUAGUAGUUAUUUUCUUUUACACGAAUUUUCAACAAAUAUUGCGCUUCGAUUAUAAGAAUGUGUUCCUAAUAUUGAUGUAUAUUUUGUAUUCAACGUUUUUAGUAUAAGUGCAUAAGUGUAACAAGUGUAAUAACAAGAUGAAAAAUGAAUAAUAGUUCCGAUUUUAUUAACUGGUCAGAGCCUCAUUGCUCUAAAGAUGCGCUUACAGAUACAUAUGGCUGGGUUAUGCAAUUUCUUCUUGCCGUGUUAGCAUUUACAUGUUUAAUAGGUAAAAGGUUUUGUGAGCCUCGUUAUGCAAGAAGACCUUGGUUGAUCUGGUUCUAUGACACAUCUAAACAAGGCCUUGGUGCUCUUAUAAUUCAUGCAGCAAAUGUUUGGCUCUCACCCCACAUGACUGGCAACCCUUGUACUUGGUACAUAGUCAAUUUUAUGUUGGACUCAACACUAGGCUUGCUUAUAAUAUGGGCUGGUAUAAGACUGGCACAGCAUUGUGCAAGAGUUUAUGAUAUACCCCUCAUUAAUUUCGGCGAAUAUGGUAAGCCUCCAAUGUGCGCGGCUUGGAUUUGCCAAUGCGUGUUGUACGCGGCGCUUGCAACGUUCGCCAAGUCAGUGCUGGCGCUCGUGUUGCGUCUCCCGCCAAUAGUGGCUGUGCUCUCCACGCUGAAGCUAUCGCCCGUGUCCGACCCGCGGCUCGAACUCGCAGUGGUCAUGCUCAUCAUACCUUUCUUUAUUAAUAUAUUAAUAUUUUGGGUGACAGAUAACUUCUUAAUGUAUCGUCCGAGGGGUGUGAGCUCUAAAAUAAAGACGAAGGUCCGAUAUCAAUCGAUAAAGAAAGAUAAGUCUGGGUCCGAAGAUGAGGAGCAGUCGGCGGACGAGCGGUUGCUUGGAGCGAGUGUAUGACCCUACCCGCAGCCCGCGCUCCGGGCAUAGUGCAUCCAUUAGCAUUGAUUGAUCUGAGUUGCCUUCGCCAUAAUACAUACAUCGACCUGACAGAGGUCUCACGCAGUAAGAUAAAGUAAAAGGUCUUUCAUCUCUUGCAAGUGCGACGUGAUCGUUAUCUUUCGUCUCAUUUAAACUGUUUCGUUUUUAGAGUAGAGAAUUUUUUAUUCCAAUAACCACGAAAUAGUAUUCUUAUGACGUAGGUUUUAUGUUAUUUAAGUUAUAUAAGUAUAUUAUGCCAUCUUAGUGUAUUUGAUAACAAGUUACAUAACAUAUACACAAUAUAUAUCAGUCAUACGAUUUUAAGUUUGUUAUUAUAGUAAUUAUUUAUAAGUGUUUACGACAAUUUUCGAUUUUAUAGGACAAAGCCUGAUUUAUAAGGAUUUAUAAUCCAUACUUAUUAAAUCGUUUGUCCUGUCUGACUACCAACGCAUAGCGAAAACUACUAAAUGUAUAAAGCUGAAAUUUGGUCUAUUUUCUUAAGAAAGCUUCCACUAAGAAAGGAAUUUUGGCAACUUAAAGGGGAGGAAAUGUGAAGGAUAUAUAAAUAUAAGCAGGCCUAUAUUAUAAGUAGGUUACCUUUUCCGUGGAUUUAUUUUAAUUUAUCCGACAACUAGCCAAAUUUGCAUUUCUCAAAUCAACUAAACUAAAAAAUUAAAUAGUCAUCUAUUCAUUGUUAAUUUUAUAUAGUAAACGUUUAUGCAUAAUAUACAAAACUCCCAAAAAUGUAGCAAUGAGAAAAAAAAUGACUUAAGUUUAUAUAACAAGAUUUGUUUCAAAGUAAAAUUCGAACUGAAUUUAAAAUUUGAACUUAAGUUUACGUUCUACAAUUAUAAUUGACGGCGUAUUAUAAUAUAACGCCACCUAUGCACUUAGGCUUGAACUACGACGUUCGAUUAAGCGGAUGCGACAUGGCGGAAAUAUGAAUCAUUUUUCUCGUGUGAAAUUAUCCCUCAGAGUGAAAGUAAUCGGCUAACACGGUAUAUUUAAUGGAAAGUAAAAUAGCUUCUUGAUGAAAUAUGACGAAGGCAAAUUAAUCAAAAUUUAAAUGUUUGUAUUUUAUAAAUAUUUAGCAAUAAAAUGUAACAUAUUCAUGUAUUAUAGUGGACAUUAUUGGCAGUAUGUUUAAGGUUUAUAUUAUAUAUCUGCAUGUUGAGUUUAUCCGAAAUACUCAUAUAUGUUCACGGGAAAAUUGUUAAUGUAUGCAUGUAUGAUGGCUUUAAAACACGGAUUUGUUCCAUAGAAUUAUGUCUACGCUAUUUUACAAAGCGAUAUUUACCCUCCUUAAUAUCAUUCUAUAUUUAAAAUUCGAGAAAUAAAUAAUGUACAAAUAAAUAUGCUAUUUCGCUUCAAAUAUUGUUAGAUGUAUAAAAAUAUUUUUAUAUGUUUAAUUUUUUACAAUGAAAAUUUUUAAAAUGUUCCUAAGGUAUAAGUACUUAGAACCUUGUAGUGCCAUUUUUUAUUGACAUGUUACUAACAUCGAGUUAAGACUGAGCAAGUCAAAGUCAUAUUUGAAAUGUUGUUACUUUUUGUGUCUUGUUAUUUUUUUCUUAAAACCCGCGGCACACAUGUCUGCAGCUCGCAGAAAGUCAUGCCAGAUAAUGGUAAGUGGAAGUUGCUAGCAUGUGCAAUCGUUACGGUCUCCUAGUAACCUUUUUAAAAGCCGUUUGAUUUGUUUUAAUUUGAUGUUUCAAUCCUACGGAGACAAAAGAAGAGGAGAAACGGAGAGAGAGACUUGCAUGCUGUGACGUGUAGUGUUAGUAGAUAGGAUGCAUGUCUUUAAUUGACACUUCACUAAAAUAUUCUAGAAACUGACCUGGCAGUUACAAUGGUUAAUUUGACAUAGAAUGCUAAUAGUCAACAUACAAGUUUGCCAGGACGUGGCAUGCCACAUGCAGGCAUUUCAUAUUCAACUGAUUCAUCGACAUCGACCCCUUUAUUGGACAUUCCAUUAAUAUUUCCAUUCCUAUGAUAUUACAAUUUAUAAUAAGUACGUCACUUAAAACAUGUAGGUGAUAUAGUCAUUUUAAAUAAUUACAAAAAAAAAAAUAUAUUUUAUGAUAAAAUUAAAACAAACGAGCAGGUAAACGUUUCACGUCGAUAAGAAUAUAUUAUAGAAUUUGUUUAAAUUAAACUUUAAAUAAAUAUUUGUAUGUAUAUUACUCAGGUUUUUGGACGCGGUAGCUUUUCAGUUUAUCCUAAAUUAAAUACGGAUUUAAAAACACAAAAAAACUAAUCGCUGUUAAAAUCUGAGUAAUACAUCGUAAAAGCUUAAAUUAAUUGUUUUAUUCAAUGACAACAGAUGCCAGUAAUAAUAAUCAUGUAGACGAAAUAUAUUCCUAAGUGAUGAUGUUUUUACGAUGACAUUUUUAUCAUCAACGUCUAGAUUUAAUUUUAUCUGUGUGUAUUGUUUAUAGUUCCUUUUAAACAAAUGUGUAAAAUAACGUUUGAUAUAAAUGAAUGAGUUAUUUGAUGUUAUUGAUGACAAAUUGGUUGACAUUUUUGUGAAAAACCGCCGCAGUGAAAUUUUUAAAGGAAAAAUUAUUAUGACCAAACCAUGUAAUACGAAUUUUGUAUAAUGUCUAAGACUUUUUUUGCUUAUUAAUUAUUUUAAAUUUAUUUUGAUUUUAAUCCACAAGAUGGCCUUCUGUCAGAUUUCAAUUUUUUUUUAUUAAAAGUAUAUAAACGGUAUUUCGUGCCGACUUUAUUCAGGUAAUUACAUAUCAUUGUUUUUAUUGUUUACAAAUUCGUUUCAAAUUUCAAACUUGUAUCGUUAAAAGUUAUUUACUAUCUAAUAACCCUUUAAUUCAAUCAGAGCUGGAUUAUCCAUUAGGCGGUAAAGGCAACCGCCUAGAGGCCCCGCAUUGGCUCGGGGACUAGGCAGAAAUGGGGAAAAAGGUUUUAAAAAUCCCUGUUUAUGAAAUUGUUGAAGUGAAAUAUUUCUCAUAUUCGAAAAGGAUGACAGUGUAUCUUCCUAAUAUAAUAUAUAGAAAAUAUAACAUAGCUUUUUUUUUCAGCCUUUUGCCGUCCACUGCUGGACGAAAGCCUCCCCCAUAGCUUAAUAAUAAUAAAUAAAUAAAAUAGCUUUGUGGUAUAAAAAAUAUAUUUUAGGAAGAUACAAAAGGGUAAAGACGCCUGAGACGUGUUUUGCCUAGGGGACUCAACAUAUUUAAUCCGGCUCUAAAUUCAAUGUUCAGCCAAAAAGCAAUAUACCCUCGAUAUUUUUGUAAUAAUUAUAUAAUUGAUCUGUCUAUAGUUAUAACAUUUGAAUAUGUCUCACAUUAUUCAUUAGUGCGCGAAUUAAAGAGAAGGUAUUGUGAUGUAAAUAUUUAUUAUGGCCACUUUUGUAAAAAAUAUUUGUAUGUAUAUAAUACAUAUAAAAAAUGUAUGUUUGUGCAUCUGUUUAUUGUUUGUGCAAAUAUAUCGAAACACGCGUUUAAUUGA